GCUAAACAAAUUAAUUUUUUCAAUGGCUAUUCCUAGUUAUCUUAAACUUACUGCUCCCGGCUUUAUACAUACAAAGAAACCCCAAAACCCAUUUCAACAACAGCUUCAUUCUCCAUCUCAAACAUCAUUAACCUUAUCAAUCAAAAGAGUUCUUAGGCCAAAUCCAAUGGCUGCUCUCACCCACCCUUGUGCCCCUAGCAUAAGCAUCUCACAAACUUUCACAAAAUUGAAGUCACAAGGGAAAGUGGCUUUCAUCCCCUACAUCACCGCCGGCGAUCCAGAUCUCUCAACAACCGGGGCGGCAUUGAAGGUGCUCGAUUCUUGUGGAUCAGACGUAAUCGAACUAGGCCUUCCCUACUCCGAUCCGUUACUAGACGGUCCUGUCAUAUGUGCUUCAGCCACCCGUUCCUUGGCUAGAGGGACAAACUUCAACAAAGUCAUCUCAAUGUUGAAGGAAGUUGUUCCACAACUGUCUUGCCCCAUUGUUCUUUUUUCAUACUAUAACCCUAUCAUCAAUCUUGGCAUCAAAAACUAUAUGUUCACCAUUAGUCAAGCAGGUGUACGUGGGCUUGUGGUUCCGGAUGUUCCUUUUGAAGAGACACAAAUCUUAAGGAAGGAAGCUGCGAAAAAUAACAUCGAGUUGGUGCUACUGACCACUCCAGCUACUACAACAGACCGAAUGAAAGACAUCGUCAAAGCUUCUGAGGGAUUUGUGUACCUAGUGAGCACGGUGGGGGUCACCGGAGCUCGUGCUCGUGUGAACGAACAAGUUCCGAGUCUUUUGAGGGAGAUUAAGGAUGCCACCAGCAAGGCAGUGGCGGUUGGGUUUGGGCUGUCUAAGCCUGAACAUGUGAAACAGGUGGCUGAGUGGGGGGCUGAUGGCGUUAUUGUUGGUAGUGCCAUUGUGAAGGUUCUAGGUGAAGCUAGAUCUCCUCUUGAAGGGUUGAGAGAGCUUGAAACUUUCACCAAGUCUUUCAAGUCUGCUCUCCAUUGAUGAUGCAUGUAUAUGUAGUUUAAUUACGACAGAAAGUUUUCUACUAAGAUUACUACAUGCAGCUACAGUCAUGAUGUACGUACUUGAAUAGAAUGAUGAAAAUUAUAUAUCAUAAUAUUUUAAUUUAAUGUGAGUGAUUAUAUAAUUACUCAUCAUUUUUCUAAAA